AUGGUUUCAAGGGCAGGACUGAAGCCAGGCCUGAAUGAAAACAUUUUUAAUCAACUAAAAAAACGAGCAAAAAGAAUGAAGCCAGAUGACAGGUUGUGCUGUCUUCUCUUCGAUGAAAUGGCCCUAACUCCACAUUUUGAUUAUAACAAAAAAAGCGACAGAAUCAUCGGCUUAGUCGACAACGGUAUCUCAACUCAAAAUAAAAUUGCUGACCAUGUGUUAGUGGUAAUGAUAAGAGGUAUUUUUAAAAAUUAUAAACAGCCUAUUAGCUACACAUUUUGCUCAGGCAGCACAAAAAGAGACGAUCUGUGCUUACUAAUAAGGACCUUAACAAAAAAGUUAACUUCAGUAGGAUUUACAGUUCUGGCGACAGUCUGUGAUCAGGGGACAUCAAAUGUAAGUGCGGUAAAUUAUUUAAUAGAAGAGACAAGAGUUGCUUAUUUACGAAAUGGCAAAGAAAUGAAAUACAGAACAUUUGAGGUAGAUGGCAAUGAGAUUAUCCCACUCUUUGAUGUCCCACAUUUAUUAAAGGGAAUACGCAAUAAUUUACUUACGAAAAACUUAAUAUGCACAAUGGAGGGAGAACAAAAAUUAGCUAAAUGGGAGCACAUUGUCAAUUUUUAUGAAAAUGUUCCUACAUACAAAGGAAUAAAACUGGUAAAAAAAAAUACUGAAUACCAUUGCAAUCCUAACAAAAUUCCGAAAAUGAAGGGGAAGUUUGCAUCACAAAUUUUUAGCCAAACAGUUGGAGUAAAUAUGGGCUACUUAGCAGACAAGGGGCUGUUACCAAAAGAAUGCCAGGACACAGCUGAUAUAAUUAUCUUUUUCGACGAACUGUUUGACUCAAUGAAUGGAAGUUUUCUAAAUUCUUCUAAAAGAAGUGGCAAACAGCUACUACAACCUUUAACACCAUCUUCAUUGCACAACCAAAUCUGGAGAAAAGCUAAACAGAUUUUAAAAACAAUGAAAUUUAUUUCCAAAGAAGGAAAAGUUUGUGUAGUGCCAUCUAUAAGCAAUUGGUUGCUAACCAUAGAAAAUAUGGAGUGCCUACGGAAUAAAUUAUUUUACGAAUAUAAUUUAAAAUCUAUAUGGUGUAGACAUUUUAAUGAGGAUCCAUUAGAAAAUUUUUUUGGUAGCGUUCGGAGUCAUGGGUACAGAAAUAAUUCUCCCUCAUGUGCAGGCUUUGAAGCUGCGUUUGCGUCAUUACUCGUAAAUAAUUUAAGCACGAGUUAUUCACCGGGACCCAAUUGUGAAGAAGAUUCAUGCCACAUAUUUAAAUCUAUAAGUAAAUUAUUUUUUAGCAAAAGCACAAAAAGUGAUGAACCCAUUGAAGUUGAUUUUAGCCACAUUUACGAUAAUGAUUUCAUUGAAGGCCAAGACCGCGCUUUGAAGGAUAAUACAACUGAAAAUGAGGAAAAUGACGACAUAGGUGAAGAUCAUGAUCAGUCACAAGAUAAAUAUCCGCGUAAAUCUAAGAAAGUAUUAUUA